CAACCACCGACCUCGACUUUUGCGCCUUUUCCCCCUGGACCGUCCCCCGAGGAUUGCUUGGUCCCGCCGCUCGCCGCCAGAGACCGACUUGGGAUGCGCUCAUGAUCAUGCCCCUUCACAAGCCCGUCCGGUGAUCGUUUGUGUGUUAUCGACUCAGUUGCAACCUCCCCCUCCGUGAAAAUGGCCUCCGCGGGGUCGUCAGGCCGCUCGGUCACCGAGCUGGCCGCUCAGCUUUACGAUGCCUGUAUCAACAAGUUCCCCUCCGACCAUCUGUUCUACCAGCAAGACCUCCUGGGUCUGGACAUCGUCCCCAAGAACGAAUUGGCCCUGCUCCUGCAAUGCACCCAGUCGCUCGUCGAUCAGAAACUGUUCCGGCUGCUCCAGGGCAAAAACGACCGCUUGGCCUGGAAGAUUAUCUCCCGCGAAGACGCUGAAAAACUGCAGAAUCUGAGCCCCGAUGAGAGUCUGGUCUACAAUGUCAUCCAUUCCACUGGCCGCUCCGGUAUCUGGGUCCGUGCCAUCGGGAACCGUACCAACCUGCACAAGUCCAUCCUCGAUCGCUGCCUCAAGUCGCUGGAGGGAAAGAACUACAUCAAAAGUGUCCACAAUGUCAAGUUCCCCAGCCGGAAGAUGUACAUGUUGGCCGGCCUGGCCCCGAGUGAGGACGUCACCGGAGGAGCCUGGUUCACCGACGGAGUCUUGGAUGAGAACUUUAUCAACAGCGUGGCGGGCUUCAUCGAAUACACCGUGAGCCGGAAGAGCUGGUACGAGGUCCCCGUCUCGGACGGACAUCGCAACAAGCGCAUGAAAACCGCCGACGGAGGCUUGGCUGUCAAACAAGAGGGCGCUCAGAGGGAAUACCUCCCCUUUCCGGCCGGAUACCAGGGCUACCCCACCGUGCCCAUGCUGACGGGCGCCGUCAACGAGAGUGGCAUCACUCCCGUCCGCCUGGGAGAGGAGAGCAUCACGCAGCUCCUGGAAAUGCUGUGUUACGAUAACAAGCUGGUCGCCUUGAACAACGGCGAAGUCUACAAGUCCGUCAAGAACCCGGAGCAAGUGAAGUCCCAGCAGGCGCGGAAGCCCCGCAGCGACGACGCCGGCAUCGACGACCGCUUGGUCCGGAACGGCAUGACCGAAGCGCCUUGCGGCCACUGCCCUGUCUUCAAGCUCUGCGCCCCCGGUGGAGCCGUCAGCCCCGAGAGCUGCGAGUACUUCGAUCCCUGGCUGGAGAAAGCCUUGGGAUUCUAAGGGAGCGGGUCUAAACUCGCUUUCUAUUCUUACAACUUCAUACCACACACACACCAUUUCUGUAUACAAUUCGCGCAGCUUGCGCCCGAUGAGUUUUGCUUGCAUAGCGAUGGCGUUCAUGUCUGAUAUUGGGAUCGGCCGAGGUUAAGGUCUUUUUACUCAAUGUGGGCAACAAAAAAUCAUGGUUUUUUGGAAAGAUGGAAAAGGCUGGUCAGGGAGGAGGGAGGCGAUGGGGGACGAG